AAUGAUAACUGGAACGGACUCAGACUCGCAUGCAGAAACGUAACACCAGUAACCCUCAAACAUUAGCCAGAUUGGAAGCACGAUGAGCGUGGGUGAAGUGAUCUACACUUUGUUGGAGGUGAUCAUUGCUGUUAGCUGCUGUUUGGGCAAUAUGUUGGUUAUUUUGGCUCUGUGGACCAAUAAAAGCAUUCAACUGCCCACCUUCUGCCUUAUCGUCUCUCUGGCUGUCGCUGACUUUCUGGUUGGCUGUAUAGCCAUACCGUUGGCUGUGGUGGUGGACGGACGAGUGAAGACUUCAUUUCACUGUUGUCUCUUCUUCAGCUGUUUGGUCAUCCUGUUGACCUUGGUCUCAGUUAUGUGUCUUGCAGCUAUUGCUUUGGACCGUUACCUCCGGGUGUAUAUCCCUCUCAGGUACAAAAGGACUGUAACACGGAGACAUUCAUGGUUUGUGGUAGCAGCAUGUUGGUUUGUUGCAAUACCACUAAGCUUUGCUCCGAUGCUUGGAUGGUACGACCCCAGAAACCGGUCUAAUUCAGUCAACUCUACCAAUGUCUGCCAUUUUGUAACCGUGAUCCCCAAGUCAUACCUGGUUUACUUCAACUUUUUUCUCUGCACUUUGACACCUCUGUUGAUUAUGACUGUAUUGUAUGGCUUUGUAUUCUGUACCAUUCGAAGAAACCUUAGAAAUAAACCAGGCAACGGUGCCCAGAAACAAUCUCAGAACUACCUGAGGAAAGAGAAAGAACUGGCAGGAUCUCUGUCCCUGGUAUUGGCCCUGUUUGCCCUGUCCUGGCUCCCCCUCCAUAUAAUGAACUGCAUUACUUACUUUAGUGGCCUGAAUAAUGUACCAAAAAUAGCUCUCCAUGUGGGCAUCCUGCUUUCUCAUGCUAACUCAGCUGUAAACCCAGUUGUUUAUGCGUUCAAAAUACAAAAGAUCAGGACUGCAUACCUGAAGAUCUGGAGACAGUAUAUUGCAUGUGGAGAGGAAAAUCAAGGAUCUCAGUCAAGCCAGACGACAGACAACAAUAUCAGCAGUAACAUUAGCAGUGUGGCCAACUCUGGUUGAAGGCAGAUUUCCUUGUAUGUGUGCUCUGUGUUCUUAAGUACCAAGUUUAAUUGACUUUUGAGUAUAAUUAAACAUUGAAAAUCAUGUUGACAUUGUGUGAAAGGUAAAUAAAGUCACUUACAGCAUUUGCAGUGUACUGAAAUCUGACAGCUACAGUUUUAUAGAUAAGGAUGGUAUCAGUAAACAAAUCCAGACCUGUGCAUAGAGAGAUCUGUUGUCUGUUAUCUUAAGGAAUCUUUGUGUGUUCUUGUAUAUGUUGCUAAUUGUGCACGUGCUGGUGUGGAUUGCAAAAACUGUCUUUCAGAGGGAAAUGGCCACUUCUGCUUGAUUUGAAAGGGCAACUUCAGCUUACAAUACUUCAGUUCUUACAGCCAUUUUCACAUCACUCUGUUUCUGUUAAAGUUCCAGUUCUUCAUAUUCAUUCAAACACAGAUUACACUGUCUUUGGAAUUCAAAUGACUGUCUUCAAAUAAACAGGAAGAGUACAACUUUUACACUAGACAUAGACACUAUGCCAACUAGAUCUGUCAAUUUAAACUGAUGAACUCAGAAGUCUGAAACAUGGAAUGUGUGGGGACAUGCAUGCACGGUGAUGAGAAAAGUACAAAAAACCUGCAAUAAGUCCCUACCUUUUUUAACAUUUUAAUUAUUUUAUCAUAUUUGAGGCUCCAUCAGACAAGUGUUAAGCCAGCUGCAUGGUAUUUGUUUUAAUCUGUACUUUGUUCUGUUGUUGUUGUAUUGGAUUGGAUUACACAGAAAUCUGUUUAUAAUAUUUUGUUCUCCCAUGUAAAUGGAAGUAGACAAAAUAUCAGACAAACAUUUCAGAAACAGUGCAGUCUAAUAACAUUCUAAUGCGAAAACACGAUGAAGUACAGCCUUAGAGAUGACCGAGGGGUUAAGUCAACUAGUCUGACACAGUCUCAACAAAAAUUGAACCUUACAAAUAUCACAGAAGUAGCAUUUAUUGAAGAGGUGUACAGGUGUUCAUAUUUUCUGAUCAGUGUAUUUACAAUAUCAUCGAUAUGUGACCUAUCUACCAGUUGUACUACCGCCAUUAACAAAAAGCAUUGACAAUAUGCUGUAUAGGUUUUAUUAUUUGUCCUGGUUUGUAAUAACUGAAGCAUUUUGUAAAAUUUUAACAAGCAAUCUCAGGAAUAUGUACUUUUAGAAUUUCUUACACGUCUGCUAAACUGACAAAGAAAUGCAACCUAAAAUCUGUUAGUGUUAUUAAAAUGACAUGUAUUGGCAAACUGCAUCGCAUUUUUAGACCGUUUUUAUUCUUGUGUUCUUCUUAUGAAGUACAGUAUUAUGAUGAGAUAUUUGCAGUGCAUCCAGAAGGAAUAUAAUAAAAGAAGACAAAACUAUCAGAGCAAAAUGUGUUUUUCUUGAGUCAACAUAUUGCACCAACGUGU